UUUGCGACAAAAUGGCUUGUUGUGUCUGUAGACUGUACUAACCGACCGCUGAAGGAGUCUGUGUUGCAGUUUUUCGGACAGCUGAGACAUCUCUCCAGCUUCGUGCAGUCAGAGCAACCAUCCAGUGAAAUAGACAGAGCCAAAAUGGACAGGGGUCAUGUUUCAUCGCCGUCUAAAAGACACAAUGAGGUUAACAGCACUGUGCGUUUGUGGGACCCUACUGGCCUUCUCAAGUCUCUCUUGGACCACAGCAGACUCUGGUGAAGGAGACCUCCUAGGGGACACAGGAAAUGGGCCCUGCACUGCAACGCUGCGACCUGAGGGGCCAUGCAGACAAGGGCAGGAUGAGAACACAUGCCCCUACCUACUCAGUCUACCACCGCUGACUGUUCGUUUGCCCGAGCAGCUCAGAGAGCUGGAGAAGAUCAUGAAGGAUCUGCAGAAGCUGAAGGACAAUGUGGAUGAACUGAGGAAGAUGUGUGCAGAUUGUACAGUAAGCCAAACUGAGAGAGAGUGUGGAAGGCAAAGAGAAAGAGAGCAUGUGAACCUGAAUGAAGGUAGACCUGAGGAUGAGAGGAGCUGGGUGAAUGGGAGAAAUCCUGAGGCACUAAAAGAUUUGAGACAGGAGUGUGGAACAGACAGGGUUAAAGUGGAAAAGACUAUAGAAGGAGAUGGUGACACUGACUCAGAAAAAAGAACCAUUUUGGAAGAGAGAGGGAGAAAGAAGUGGGAAACAGAAAGAGAGAGUGAUAAAGGGGUCGUAAAAGCAAAUGAAAAAGCAGAAACCUUAAAAGAAUUGGUGGAAAAAGAUGGAAAAACUCACACAGAGGGGGCAAAAGGAAGGGACAAAUUGGGGCAGGCAAAGGUGCCAAGUGCUGGUGGAAAUGAGAGAAUAGGGGAUGUGGCGAGAGGAAAGGUUGUUGAAAAAAACAACUGGGAGACAGAGACGGAAAGAAAUAAAGAAAAAGAUAGAAAAGGGGAUUCAAAGGGAGAUAGAGAGGAUAAGUUGGAGGGUGGAAAAGAAAGAGAGAUAACUAAUAUAAAACCCACUAAUAUAAAAAAUAAGGAGAAAACAGAGGAAAGAGACCAUCAUGAGUGGGGAGGUGAAACAAAGGAAACAGACAAAAAGACCCAAACUGAAGACAACAGGGGCAGUGAUGGAAUAAAGAUGUCUGAGGACUAUGAUGAGCAUACAAAUAAGGAGCGUGAGCAGCACAGGGAGGAGAGGAAAAAGAAAACAGAGAAGGGCAUAAAAGUGGAGCGAAAUAAUGAGAAACCAAAACAGACUGAAAGCAUCGGGCACGUAGAAAAAGAGAAGACUGUAAAAGAGGGGGAAGGGGAGGAGGAGGACAGGGAGAUGGAAAAGGAGAUCAAAACAGAAGGAGAAAAAGCGGUCCAGAGUGUACAGAGAGACAGUGAUGGAGAAAUAGCAUCCAACAAAGCAACUGAAGGGACAGACUUUGUUUCAAUCAGCCCAACUCCUCAGUCUAUCAUUAGACAUGACUCCAUGGACUCAAGUGGAGCUACAACCUUUACGUCAUCUCUUCCAUCUCCUCCUUUGUCCAGUUCACAUUUGAUCACAGAUGUCAGUCAAGCGAUGACGGUAGCUGCUUAUGAAUCACCAACCCAAAGAACAGACUUUGAAGCGGAUGGCAUUUCUGAGCUCCCAAGCCCUGAUGCAGAGGCAGGCUUUAGGACCACAAGCGUGCAAACCACAACAGCCACAAUAAACACACUGGGUGGCCCCGGACAACAGAUAACCAGGUUCACUACUACAAAAAAUCCGAGACCGAGGGCAGGCUUCCAGGGGCGAGCUAGAUCAACCACGGCAACUACAACCAUGAAUACAACUCCCAGUCAGAAUUUAUACACAACUGCAUUCACAGGAUUCGCAGACCACAGCCAUGAGACAGCUAAAAAGAACUUCAGCUCGAACACUAGAACUACACUAGAACCCCUACCAGGCCCAGGAACAAAGCCCGGUGAAAAGCAUAAACCUAGAAUUAAGCCUGAAGCAGAUCAAAAGCUAAAAAAUCCUAAGAAUGACCGUAAACCUGACCGAGCUCCAUUCCCUGACAAAAACACAAAAUACGACCAAAAGCAGAAGCCUUCUCACCAAAAACCCACAGCAGACCAGAAACCCAAACUUGGCAGAGGCCCUCAACGAGUCCAAAUUCCAAAACCUGAUCAGAGGGCUCCACCCAAUAAUUUAACUACUAAUCAAAAUCUAGAAAACAAUCCAAUACCUAAACAUGAUGAAGGCCGUACAAUUGAUCGAAACAAGCUAUCUGUUCCAAAGCCAAAAUCUCAUCAUAAGUCUAUACAUCCUGUCCAGAGACCUACGUCUCAUCAAAGACCUGCAACUGUAAACACAUCCAGUUCUGACAAAGAUCCUCUGACUGACCGAAAGCCUGACUCCACUGGAAUCACAGCUAUUAAUCAAAACUCAAAACUCAAGAAAAAGCCACAUCGUCCUCUUAUCACAGAAAAGCCUGACGAAAAGCAAAAACCUCAGAAGAAGCCGAAAACUGAAGGAACAACAAAACCUGAUCAAAGGUCUGAACCAAACGAACAUUACACACCUGUUCAAGAGCCCGAAUAUGACAGAAGUGAAACAGCUAGCCUCACACCAAAACCUAACCAAAAGUCUGUAACAGACUUAAUGGGAAAUUCUGAUGAAAACCUGUCUCCAGAGCCUGAGCCUAACCAAGACUCAACACCUGGACAAAAGCUUGCCGUUGAUCCUGUGAAUAAAUCCCCUAAACUGUACCAAAAACAUCCAGAACUUGCCACAGGUCAAAAGACUAAACCAAAUGUGAAGCCUAAACCCGGCCAAGCACCACAAACAAAUCAGGGCAUUAGAACACCUCGACCUGGCAAAGUGCCUAAUCUUAACCCAAAACCUGUGCCUGAUGAAAUCCCCAAAGCAGAAUCCCACAGAACAUCCAAACCUAGGCCUCCCCAUGGACACAGACCACCAACCGGACCUACGCUCAAGCCAGGAGCAACAUCUGUUCAAAAGCCAAAACCAGCAGUGCAACUAAAGCCAAGACCAAAGACCAAAACAGAUUUAAAUCCUCCUCAUAUCAGCAGGACCACUUCAGAUGGCAUCCAAAAUUCUCAAACUGACAUGCCACCUACAUCUGGCCCUGUAAAACAGGCUGCUGAAGUGACUCAUUCCCGGGGGGACACGGAGUUCAGUCCCAGCAUGAGGAAAACUAUCACUCAGGGUCCAAAGAUCUCCAACAGCCCAGAGACUAGACCCUUCCCUUUCCUUCAUACUCUCCCUGAAGGUUUCACGGUGGGCCCAAACAGCAGGAUUACGUCUGAUCUGAGGCCACAAACAGCCGGUCAACCAUCAUCGAUCCCAAUGACAACAAAACCAAACAAAAUCAUCAGUGGGAUCCUGCCAAGUGUUAUCCCUAGCACCAGUCCAGGAUCCACAAAGCUAAAUCUAGGUUCUAAUGUUGAUUCCAGUUUACAAGCUAAAAUACUUCACAAUGUGGAGGAAACAACAUCCAGACAAACUCCAGAUGCAGACAAAAUGAUUCCAGUCCCUUCCCCCAGUGCCCAAACUACUUCCACACUCAGCCCUGACUUCAGGUCAACAACCCCUGCCGCCACCUCUGGCCCCGAGCCCCCGGCUGCUGAGUCUUCCACUCCCAGUGCACGUGAGCUGCGUGUGAAAAUCAAUCAGGUGGCUGCUUUUCUUAAUAACAGCCUGAGUCCAAAUGGAAGAUCACUGGACAGGCGCCCUAAAGAGCACCCAGAGGACAACCAGGGAGGCAGCAGGAAUGACCGCAAACCACCAACGCGGAUACCAUCUCAAGUCACUACGAAGAGAAGAGACUGCUCAGACCUCUUGCUCCGAGGAGAAACAAAAAGCGGAGUGUACCUGGUGAUCCCUGACAUCCGCAGCAAAAGCUUCCCAGUGUUCUGUGACAUGGAGCUGCGUGGUGGAGGAUGGACCGUCCUGCAGCGCAGACACGACGGCAGCGUGAGCUUCAACCGCACCUGGGCUGAGUACAGAUCAGGCUUCGGGGAGCUGGACGGAGGGGAGUUUUGGCUGGGUAACAAUAUGAUCCACCUGCUGACCCUGGCCAGGGACAUGGUGCUGCGGGUGGAACUGGAGGACUUUGACGGGGUGAUGGAGUACGCAGAGUACGAGCAGUUCAAGGUGGCGAGUGAGCGUCUGCGCUACAGGCUGACAGUGGGAGGUUACUCUGGCACCGCAGGUGAUGCUCUCCGCUUCAGCAAAAGCUACGAUCACAACAACAAGCCGUUCACCACCCCAGACAGGGACAAUGACCGCUAUCCAUCUGGGAACUGCGGGGCCUACUACAGCUCCGGCUGGUGGUUUGAUGCCUGCUUCGCUGCAAACCUCAACGGGAGAUACUACUUGGGAAAGUACACAGGAGUCCGGGAUGGGAUUUUCUGGGGUACGUGGCAUAACAUAUCUGCAGAGUAUUACCCCACCAAUGACAGACGGUCCUUUAAAACUGUCAGGAUGAUGAUCAGGCCAAAAGGCUUUGCACCAUGAGCUGUGACUCUGCCAGGGCAUGUUUAAAAAUAAAGACAAAGGGUGUAGCUACUGUAGCUACUAGCUUCCACCAUAAGCUCAUAAGAUGCUCCUUACAAUUUUUAUAAAACUUAGUAUACUCUCCACACAGUUAUUGGACACAAUUUACACAAUACUGCCGCCUUGUGGUGUUUGAGUUUUCAAUAGCCUACUGUUUUGUUUACAGGUUAACAUGACAAUAACUGAGGAUGUACAUAGUUACAAAGGUUAUAGUCCUAAUUACAUAGCAUCUUUUAGAAUAACCUCUUUAAUAUUAAAAUGUCAUAACGUUAUUAUUUGUUUUUAGAGGGGACUUAGUUCAGUGAUGAGAGAGAAAUCUUCUUGUGAAGAGUUAUUUUUCUAUGAAGAUCUGAAUCCGACUGUUAUGUAGCAAAAGAGACUGAUAUUUUUAUUACAGUACUGGAAGGCCAGUUGAUG